UGAUUACACGAAAAAAAUCGAAAAAAAAAUUGAAUUUCACUCGAAAAUCCAAUUGGAAAUUUUAAAAAAAUGUUUUAAAAAAAUUAAAAAAUCCUUGAAUUGACAUUUUUCAUUGAAAUUAAUCCAUAAAACGCGAUUUCAAGAUGUUUUCUGCGUUAAGAUCGAAGCCCGUCGUUCUCUGCAGUACAAUUGCAGCAGGAGCUGGCGUAACUUUUCUCACAAAAGACUACUUCCAAGGCACAGCUUUCACAAAUCCCGUUCGUGCGGAUGGCAAAAUUGUCGUAAUUACCGGCGCCAAUACCGGAAUUGGCAAGGAAACUGCCAAAGAGCUCGCGAAACGUGGCGCUCACGUUUACAUGGCAUGUCGCAGCAUGAAACGAUGCGAGGCGGCACGAGAUGAAAUUUUACUUGCCUCCAAAAAUCCGAAUGUUCAUUGUCGUGAGUGUGAUUUGGCAUCGUUUGCGAGUAUCAAGGAGUUUGCGAAGAAAUUCAAGGAGGAACAACCGAAAUUGGACAUUUUGAUCAACAAUGGAGGCGUAAUGCGAUGUCCGAGGAUGUUCACACGGGAGGGAAUUGAACUUCAAAUUGGCGUAAAUCAUUUUGGGCACUUUUUGUUGACGACGUUGCUCUUGGAUCAGCUGAAAAAAGCGGCGCCAAGUCGAGUUGUUGUCGUUUCGAGCUUGGCACAUGAACGGGGACACCUCCAAGUGGACGAUUUGAACUCGGAUAAGCAUUACGACUCAGGUGCCGCUUAUAAUCAAAGCAAAUUGGCGAAUUUACUGUUCACGAGAUCACUUUCGCAACGCCUUGCCGGCUCCGGAGUGACUGUCAAUGCACUACAUCCGGGUGUCGUGAAUACCGAACUUGGCAGACACAUGGGAAUGUUCAGUAGUUUCUUAGGAAAAAUUUUCGUUAAGCCAUUUUUGUGGCCCUUCUUUAAAGAACCAAUCGCGGGAGCUCAAACGACGUUAUAUGUCGCCUUGGAUCCCGAUUUGGAGAAAAUUACGGGCAAAUAUUUCAGCGAUUGUGCGUUAAAGACGCCUGCAGCGCAAGCUAUGGACGAUAAAAUGGCAGAAUGGUUGUGGCAAGUCAGCGAAAAGUGGGUUAAACUCGAUAAAAUUCCAGCAGCCUCCUGACACUUUGCUAACGGCUACGAAGAAGUGAACGAUUUUCUGCUGUUUUACAGUCUUUUUAACAGAAAUAUGGCAAAAUAACACAAAGUUACAAUGCAAAAUUAAAACAUAAGAUGGGAGAUGUGCACAAAAAUUCAUGCUUUUGGUAGUUUUUAAGGCAAAUUGUUGUUGUUGUAACUUUGUUGAUUUUUUUGUAAUGAAAAUUUAAUAAAAAGUAGACAGCUGUGACUAGAAAUCA